UUGUAUAAAAGAUCAAAUUCAUUAUUUUAACAAAAAAAAAAAAAGAAAGAAAGAAAGAAAGAAAAAAGGAUCAAAAUUCAUUCUCAUUACUAGCUAGCUUGAAAGAGUUCCAGUCUCAGAAUUGAGAUCUAAAAGCUGUGUUGAAACUUGAAACUUGUCAUGAAGGAAAUCACAUUGAAAUCAAACUCGAAAUUAAAAAAUUGAGAGAGAGAGCAGAAGAAUCAGACUCUGAAGAAUCAGAAAAUGGCAAGCGACAGCGACCUAGACGAGGACGAUCUCCUCCAGAUGGCUCUAAAGGAGCAAGCCCAGCGCGAUGUGAAUUACAAAAAGCCACCCUCCAGCAACUCCCGCACUGCCCCCGUCGCCAAUUACGUUCAGCAGCCGCAGCCUCCUCCGUCCCAGCAGCCACGAAAAGCCGCGGCUUCUCCGAGCCCCAAAAACAACACCACUACCAGAAGCAACGCCAACAACCCGAAGCGGCGGGUGGUGGACGACGACGAGGAGUCCGAUGUGGACAUGCUCAGCAUCUCCAGCGGCGAUGAAGACUCCACCGCCAGGGAUCAGCAGCGUGUCCGCUUCCGAGGCGGCGGUGCUGCUUCUGCUGCUACCGCCAGAGCUGGAGCCCGGGACGACGAUGACCCUUGGGACGGCGGUGAGCCUGGCUGCUGGAAGCACGUCGACGAGGCUGAGCUUGCUCGUAGGGUUCGUGAAAUGCGAGAGACGAGAACAGCACCGGUGGCCCAAAAGGUUGAGCGCAAAGUGUCGUCGGCAGGCUUGGUACGAAAGGGCCUUAACAAUUUACAGUCCUUCCCUCGGGGCAUGGAAUGUAUUGAUCCCCUAGGCUUGGGGAUCAUAGACAACAAAACCUUAAGAUUGAUAACUGAAUCCUCAGACUAUUCGCCAUCCAAGGACGACAAAUUGGAUAAUAACCUUCGGGAGAAGUUGUUAUAUUUUUCUGAGAAAUUUGAUGCCAAGCUCUUUAUAUCGCGGAUUCACCAAGACACUGCUGCAGCAGAGUUGGAGGCUGGUGCUUUGGCUCUAAAAAGUGAUCUUAAAGGACGAACUCUGCAGAGAAAACAAUUGGUCAAAGACAAUUUUGACUGCUUUGUCUCUUGCAAAACAACAAUUGAUGAUAUUGAGUCAAAGUUGAAACGGAUUGAAGAAGACCCUGAAGGUUCAGGCACUUCUCAUUUGUUUAAUUGUAUGCAAGGAGUGAGUUCGUUGGCUAAUCGGGCAUUCCAGCCUCUAUUUGAGAGACAGGCUCAAGCUGAGAAGAUCAGGUCCGUCCAAGGAAUGCUACAGAGGUUCCGGACAUUGUUCAACUUGCCCAGUACAAUUCGUGGUAGCAUAAGCAAGGGAGAAUAUGACUUGGCAGUUAGGGAGUACAAGAAGGCCAAGUCGAUUGCUCUGCCUUCUCAUGUGGGCAUACUGAAACGUGUUCUCGAAGAGGUUGAGAAAGUGAUGCAUGAGUUUAAAGGCAUGCUUUACAAGUCUAUGGAAGAUCCACAAAUAGAUUUAACAAAUGUUGAAAACACAGUGAGGCUGUUAUUGGAGCUGGAGCCUGAGUCAGACCCGGUUUGGCACUAUUUAAAUAUACAGAAUAACAGAAUUCGAGGUUUGCUUGAGAAAUGCACGUUAGAUCAUGAAACUAGGAUGGAGACUUUACAUAAUGAGUUACGUGAAAGGGCUGUGUCUGAUGCACGAUGGAGGCAGAUUCAAGGAGAUAUAAAUCAAUCUUCAGAUGUCAACUAUUCUCUUACUCUUGGCGACAACCACCUUCCAGUAGAUUCUCUUCCAGUAGACUUGACAGGUGAAGAAGUUGAUGCUCUUAGAGGGAGGUAUAUUCGCAGAUUAACUGCUGUACUGAUUUAUCACAUACCAGCUUUCUGGAAAGUAGCACUUUCUGUUUUCAGUGGGAAAUUCGCAAAGUCGUCCCAAGUUUCUACUGAAUCAAAUGCUAGCACUCCAGCAAAUAAAACGGAUGAAAAAGUUGGAGAUGGGAAGUACUCAACUCAUUCUCUAGAUGAAGUUGUUGGAAUGAUACAAAUUACAUUAACUGCGUAUGCAGAUAAGGUUCGUACUACAUUUCAUGAUCUUGAGGAAUCAAAUAUUCUGCAACCAUAUAUGAGCGAUGCCAUAACAGAAAUAUCUAAAGCAUGCGAAGCUUUUCAAGCGAAGGAAUCAGCUCCUUCGAUUGCUGUAACUGCAAUUCGAACACUUCAGUCGGAGAUUACAAAGAUUUACAUCCUAAGGCUUUGCUCAUGGAUGCGGGCAUCAACUGCUGAUAUCUCAAAAGAUGAGACAUGGGUUCCAGUAUCAGUUCUUGAAAGGAAUAAAUCUCCCUACACAAUCUCUUUCUUGCCUUUAGCAUUCCGCAAUGUUAUGACGUCAGCAAUGGAUCAGAUCAAGUUGAUGGUUCAGUCUUUAAGAAGUGAGGCAACGAGGUCAGAGGAAGUGUAUAAGCAACUCCAAGAAAUUCAAGACUCUGUCAGACUUGCAUUUUUGAACUGUAUUCUUGAUUUUGCAGGUCAUCUAGAGCGUAUUGGAAGUGGGCUUGCCCAAAACAAAUCAAGCAAAGGAAGUUCACUUGUACACAAUGGUUAUUCUCCUAACCUAGAAGAAAAGCUAAUGUCUGAUCUCCCAGGAAGUUUUGGUCCACAUCAACAGUUGUUGAUAGUGUUGAGUAAUGUUGGCUAUUGCAAAGAAGAACUUUCUUAUGAGUUGUACAACAAUUACAAGCAUAUCUGGCUACAGUCUAGGGAAAGAGAGGAAGAUGAUAGUGAUAUACAAGACUUGGUGAUGUCUUUUUCUGUGCUUGAAGAGAAGGUCCUGGAGCAAUAUACUUUUGCUAAGGCAAAUUUGAUCAGAACUGCUGCCUUCAACUAUUUGUUGGAUUCUGGUGUACAAUGGGGAGCAGCACCUGCUUUAAAAGGUGUGCGUGAUGCUGCUGUGGAGUUACUGCACACUUUGGUAGCUGUGCAUGCAGAGGUAUUUUCUGGUGCUAAGCCCCUGUUGGACAAGACACUUGGCAUUCUGGUGGAAGGUCUAAUUGAUACUUUUAUCAGCUUGUUUCAUGAAAAUCAAGCGAAAGAGCUUAGAUCACUUGAUGCAAAUGGUUUCUGUCAGCUAAUGCUUGAGCUUGAGUACUUCGAGACUAUAUUGAAUCCAUAUUUUACUUCGGCUGCAAGGGAGUCUCUGAAGUCGUUACAAGGGAUACUUCUGGAUAAAGCCACUGAGAGUGUGACAGAAAAUGUGGAGAAUCCAGGGCAUAACCGACGAGCAACACGCGGAAGUGAAGAUGCGGUUUCAGAUGAUAGACAGCAGGGGACAAGUGUGUCACCAGAUGACCUGAUUGCCCUUGCUCAGCAGUAUAGCUCUGAGUUACUUCAAGCAGAGCUCGAGAGGACUCAAAUCAACACAGCAUGUUUUGUGGAGUCAAUUCCAUUAGACUCAGUACCCGAAUCAGCUAAGCGCGCUUAUGCUUCAUUUAGGGGCUCACUAGAUUCACCCAGCAGAAACUACAAAGGCAACACAGGAUCCCCAAGCUACUCCCGGAAUAGGCGUCGAUGAAUUUGUAAAUUUCCAAAGGUUUUGACUCUCUGAAUGUCACUUUGUAUGUGUUAGUGUUGUAAUGUAGUUAAUAGGCUGAGAACCAUAUUCUUUCCAUUGUUUACACUCUUGAGCUUUUUAUUUGUAUUUUUUUUCCUUUCCUUUUCAAUUUCUUCUUGUACUUGAACGUGGAGCACAACAUUGUAUAUUUUUUCCAUUGGGUUAAAUGCCAGUAUACUUCUUUUGUUGUAUUA